GAACAGCUGUAGAGAAAGCUGAAGUCACAGCGAAAUGUCUUGUCCACACAAGUCGGGAUAUUGAAAUGUAUUGUGGUACACAUGACGUCGUAUGUUGUACAAUGUGCAUUGCCAAAAACCACAGGGCUUGUGCUAAUGUGGAUGACGUUUCAGCUGCUGCUCAGACUUACUUGGACAUUUCUAGAUUCCAAGCAUUGCAAACAAACGUCGACGAUACUCUUUCCGCAUUAGAGAAAACUUGUGCGAGGAAAAAGGAAAAUGUCAAGUCUUUGUUAGGCAGUGAACAGACGAUCGUAAAAGAAAUUGAAGAACUCCGAAAACGGUUGACUAAACAUCUAGAUGAUUUAGAGAAAAAGGCAAAAACAGGUGUGGAAGAAACACGUACUGAAUUUUCAAAACAAAUUGAAGACGAAGUUAAGGUAAUUGCAAUGACUGUUGCAAACCUGAAGGAGUGUAAAGAAAAGAUUUCAAAGGAAAAUUUGAGCAGUGCAGAAAAGUUUGUUUACCUUAAACUUGGACAGAAACAUUUAGCUUCAGCAGAUGAAUUACUCGUUCAUGAGCAAAUACUUAUGAAAUUUACAGAGAGCAAAGAUUUAAUCGCUGCUGUUAUGCAAACGGAUACCAUAGGAAGAGUUGAAGAAGACAAAUCAAGGAAAGUUGUCCGUUCUGGCGUAUCCGUACUUGUUGACGACCUUAUGGCAUUGUCUAAAUCAGAGGACAUUGUAAAACAGAUGAACCAACUUGUGAUUGGUCAAUGUUCGGUUAAAGAGCUUGUCGAGGAGAUUGAAGUGAGAGGCAAAAGACGCCUUUUGUUGUCCUGGCUGGAGGACCGCAAGAAACAAGGGAUGACAGAUCCUGAAACACACACCGCUCUCGCUAAAAUAUAUGUAGACAAGGACACUGAACUAAAUGAUACAGACAUCAGACGCAAAACAGAGAAGUUCUUAAGCACUAAUCAAUACUAUGAUAUGGAAGACGUAGGAAAGUAUUGUGGAAAGAAAAAUCCCCGCCUUGCCUGCUCGAUUUAUGAACGUUACCACAGCGACAUGAACCUCAUUACGGUAUGCAAUGAUAAUGCUUUCUUCGAGAGUGAAGCUAGGUACGUGUUCAAACGUAAAGACCCUCAUCUUUGGUCCAUUGUCUUGGAGGAAGAUAAUGUGUAUAGACUUCAACUGAUUGAGGAAUGUGUACACGUCGCUGUUGACAUCCAAGACCCGGAACAAUUUAGUACGGCAGUGAAGGCUUUUAUGGUGGCAGAUUUACCACUUGAGCUAAUAACAUUGCUUGACAAGGUCAUGGCAGGUUCUGUUUUUAGCGAGCACAGGAAUCUACAGAACUUGCUUAUACUCACUGCCAUCAAAGCGGACCGUUCCCGCGUCAUGGAAUUCAUUGAGAGAUUCGACAAUUUCGACGCACCUGAUAUUGCCAAUAUUGCACUGACCAACGAACUAUUUGAGGAAGCCAAAGCCAUCUAUAAAAAGUUUAAUAUUGAAAUUCCACCAGAAUUUGAGAACAAAAGUUAACUGCCAUAUACCGUUGUUGAGAAUUAUGAACAGCACUGCAUUUAACGGCAGUUAUAAAGUUUGUUUUCGCGUUAACAAACAAGUUUCCAAGUUUAUUACUAAAUUCUCAGUAUGUACAUAACAUAAAAAUUUCAACAAUAAUAAUAAUAAAGACACAUGAUCAGUAGAGGACAACUCUUAUUAAAACAAUACCUUGCUAGUGUGUUUAUAAUUUUCAUUUAUUUAAUCAGUUAAGUAUAACCUUCAAAAUUUAAAAUUGUUUUCAAAAUUGCACUGUAAUGGUGUAUGUUGUUUAGUGAUCAGGGUAAUUGUCAAAAUGAUAAAAUUUAAUGCUUUUUGUUAAUUUCAAAAUGCGAAUCAAUAAUUGCCAAAUGUUUAUUGCUAAGUGUUUCUUCAAAUAAAGAGCUGAAUGUAUCAAUUGAUAAAUGCAUCAUUAACAUAACCAUUGGCUUUCGUUCCAAAGUUUUUUUUUCAUUGAAAACUUUUUCAAAAACAGUUGUGGUCGCAUUUUCCUCCGGUAGAACAUGUUAUUAUAAGUUAUAUACAUUGAUUUAAGAGUUACAAAUCAUAAAACGUAUUUGAAGAAUAUCACUUAUCAUUUGACAAUAACAUUAGCUGUAUGACUAUCAAUCUGACUAAAGUACAUCUCCUAUUACGCUACGCUUAGAUCAAGUACUUUAGUCAGAUUGUAUGACUAUUGUCAUUUGACAUUUAGCACUGGUAUAAGUAAUAGUCCUAAAUCACAAAACAAGUUUACGAGUUGACUGACGUAUGCUGAAGACAGGUGUAGUUUAGAGAUUUGGUAAACGUUUUAUUUUGUGAUUUAGGACUAUUUGAAAGUCUGAAACUCAUUUGACCAAUAUUUUCUCUGCAAAUUCUAAAAUAAACAUUACUUCGGUGUCCCUGCGCUCACAGUUUUCCGUACGAAAUCCUUUUAACUCUUAUCAUAUAUCAAUUUAAUACGAUCUGGGGAAUUCAGGACUUCAGUAAUUCAGUAUAGAAAAUACAUUGCAAAACAAGAUCAUCAGAAGAUAAUGGUAAAUGCAUUAAGCGUGUGUAGUUUAUUUGAAAUACAAAGAAUCGUUUAGAAACCGCGUUCCUUUUUUACUUUACAGUUGCAUUUCAAAAUUAAGUACAUCGGCUCUAUGAAAAAAACAAGCAGUACUGAAUCAGACAUUGUUAUGUUUGCCACAAGUUUUGCAAAUCAAAGGUGUGUUUCUUUUUAAAAUUAUGUUUAAAAGAAUAAUAAACUGAC